CCUGUAUAUGGUUGCUACCAGACGAACGAUGGAAGGAAGGAUGGAGAAUGUUGAACGCGAGUUGGCGAGACAGUCCGAGAUCAUGGAGCGUGAAUUGGAGAGGCAUCGAGAAGAGGCCAGGAUCAGGAGCGAUGAGGUUAGACGCAGUCUCGAUGAGUUUCGCGAGAUGAUAAUGAAAAAGCUCUGAUACCAAUGAUAGGGAUUCCACCUGCCGAAGAGUAAUCCGAACCACAGAUAUGGCAGAAACGAAGAUGAACAGUAAUAGGGAGGUCGUUUAUUAACAAACAAGAGAGAGAAUAGGUCUGACAGAUAACCAACAAGUCCCAGCCCAAAAUAACCAAAAACCAGCCUUACCCUUAUUACAGCAUUUUAGUAUUUAUAGUACUUCCCCCGCAAUACCAAGCUAUUAAUUAUUCCCCUUUUUCCUCCUUGAGUAAACACGGUCAUAAUAGUCAACGCUAUUGUUAGUAAUGGGCUGGCCUCCCGUGUCUCUAUCAAUCCUCUAGUGUACCAAACAUCGGAAUUUUAGCAUUAUGCAUUUAUACCACCAACCCUCCUUUACUAAUUUGAUUUCCAUCAUACCUCAAAGGCUAAAUUCCAAAGGCAAGGAAAUAAGGAAUCGGUAUUCAUUAGGGAAAAGAAGGCUUAACAUUCUAUCUGCAUAUGAAAAGGUAGCUUUUUGCGAGACAUUCCACUUGGAUGAAUCUGGCUGGAGGGAAUGCAGAAUGUGUAGAAAGCGUAUUCACUGUGGGUGCAUCAUGUCAAAAUAUCUGUUUGAAUACAUGGACUUUGGAGGCAUUGGGUGUUUGAGCUGUACAAGGUGCUUGGGAGGUCACACUAUAUUUCCAGUACAGUAGUGAGAUCCAGGCGAAAGGGGCAGAAGGAUAAAACUUACUCUAAUGUAUGUUUAAAAACCCAACAAAGCAUGUUAUUGCAAUGGUUAAUGGUUAUGCUGGGACUAGCACUGUAAGGGCAUCUCCAAUAAAAACCCCAAAAAUCAGAUACCUAAUGAGGAUCCUCCUAGUGGUAUAUUCACCAUGAAGAACAGUGCAGAUACACAUACUCUUCUUGUUGAAAAUAGAACGGAUCAAACCAUUUUUGAAAACGGAAGGCUUCUGCAAUUUGGAAACAGUACAGAGGAAUCUGAAAAUGACAAAAUUAAACAAGAGCAAUCAAUAAUUCCUGCCAUGGAUGCCAGCAGGUUGUGCUUUUCAAACCUUAACCAGCAAUCUCCCAAAACUUCUUUACUUGAAAAGGCAGAAAGUUGCAUACCGAAUACGACACUUAAGGAUCAGCUAUCUCUAAAUUUCUUUUUGACCACACCCAUGGGCAAUUCAGGCUCUGUACUACCCAUUUCUUCUGGGGUUUCUCCAUUCCAACAAGGGCAGACAGCACACAAUAUCUUUCCAAAGGCACCUAAAGCUAGCUCAAGUUCGGGGUUUGAAUCAAAAUGUGGAAUAUCUACACUGACAGGUGUUGCAAGGCCAUCGUCUGAAGGGAGGAGCAGUAAGAAUCAGUUCCUGCCUAGAUAUUGGCCCAGGAUUACAGACCAAGAACUGCAGAAACUAUCUGGAGACUUGAAAUCCAGUAUAGUGCCUUUGUUCGAAAAGGUUCUGAGUGCCAGUGAUGCUGGUCGGAUUGGUCGUUUGGUCAUCCCCAAAGCAUGUGCUGAAGCAUAUUUUCCAUAUAUUACCCAGUCCGAAGGAAUACCCAUAAGGGUGCAGGAUGUAAAAGGGAAAGAGUGGAUAUUUCAGUUCAGAUUUUGGCCCAAUAACAACAGCAGGAUGUAUGUUCUAGAGGGCGUUACCCCCUGUAUACAGAAUAUGCAAUUACAAGCUGGUGACACAGUUACUUUCAGUAGAAUAGAUCCUGGCAGGAAACUAUUUAUGGGCUUCCGGAAGGCAGUGAAUUAUGCUGAAACACAGGAUUCUCAAAAUGCAACCAUUGCCAAUGGUGGAUGUUCUCCUGAAAGUCCAGAUUUUGCUCCCACUGAAAACUGUGCUACAAAUGUAGGAAAAGAAACUGAUGAUUCCUUGCAAAUAAAUGUGAUCGUUCCCGAAAAGAAAAUUAAGAAAACAGGGAGCAAAAAUAAGAGGCUCUUGCUAAACACUGAAGAUGCUAUAAAGCUGAAGAUCACUUGUGAAGAAGCUCGGGAUUUGCUCCGCCCACCUCCAAAUGUUAAUCCAACCAUUGUUGUGAUUGAGGACUGUGACUUUGAAGAAUAUGAUGAACCACCCAUUUUUGGAAAGAGGACGGUCUUCACCACUGCAUCAUCUGGGGAGCAGGGACAGUGGGCCCAAUGUGACAGUUGCUUCAAAUGGCGUAGGCUGCCUACACACGUUCUCCUUCCAGCAAACUGGACUUGUUCUGACAAUACUUGGGACUCAAACAGAUCUUCUUGUUCUGCCGCAAGUGAGAUGAAUAAAAAACAACUUGAUUCAUUCCAUAGAGCUUGCAACAAGGGAGAAACCAAGAGAGGAAGAGUCUCGGAAAGUGGCAAUGAUUGUGAGACUUAUGCUGGCCUAGAUGCGUUAGCAUGUAUUGCAGUGUUGGGAGAUGACAGCAUUGGCGGUGGUGGUGGUGACUUGGGGGCUAGCGAGCCUUCUACCACAAAGCAUCCUCGGCAUCGGCCUGGUUGCACUUGCAUUGUUUGCAUCCAACCACCCAGCGGGAAGGGCAAACAUGAUCCCACCUGUAAAUGUAUUGUUUGCUUGACCGUCAAACGCCGGUUUAAGACUCUCAUGCUGCGUAAGAAGAAGAAAAAAUCCGAACGUGAAGCAGAUAUUGUGCAAGAGAAGGAUAAAACUCUUCCAGACAUUGAUGUUUCUAUUGAUGGACCCAGUUUGGUGCAACAUGCGUGUUAUCCAGAGAAUGAUGACUAUCCAAACGGAGAUCGUGGGAAUAGCAAGGGGCAGUUGGACUUGAACUGCCAUCCUAAUGAGAGCCAGGCACCUGAAGGGUAGGGCAACAUACAAACAUAUACUACGUACUACGUAUGUGUUUACAUAUUCUUUCUAUCGAUUUGUGCAGGGUAUGAGCAUUCCUUUUGUUUUUAGUUGGGUUUCCUGGCCUUGUAUAUAAGUUUACAUCAUUCUAUACUAUACUCGGUAUGAUGCGACACACAGCCCCUAUUGGUGUUAAAUUUUCUAGGUAGGAUUGCCUUCGUUGUAUUGUACAUGGGAAGUUGCUAACAUGGGGUCACUUUUGUCUUCCAC